CUCCACUGAAACGGCUCGCUGAACUAAUUUAUCGAUAAUGUCGCUAAAAAGAGCCCUUCACUUCGUUUUCAAAGUGGGCGAUAGAGCCAAGACCGCCACCUUCUAUCGCGAUGUUCUUGGCAUGCGAAUAUUACGUCAUGAGGAAUUUGAAGAGGGCUGCAAAGCUUCAUGCAAUGGUCCAUAUGAUGGGAAAUGGAGCAAGACCAUGGUGGGUUUCGGAGCAGAGGAUGAUCAUUUUGUGGCAGAGUUGACGUACAACUAUGGUGUAGGGGAGUAUCGUCUUGGCAACGAUUUCCUGGGCUUGACCCUGCAGUCCAGCCGGGCAGUGAGCAAUGCUAGGAGACUGGGAUGGCCCCUUUCUGAAGCUGGAGAGGGAAUCUACCUGGCAGAGGCCCCUGGGGGCUACCAUUUCUACCUACUGGACAAACAGCAGCCCAGUGAAGAUCCCGUGCAGAAGGUGUCCUUGGCUGUUUCAGACCUGCCCCGCUCCACGCACUACUGGUCCUCGCUGCUCGGGAUGCAAGUGCUGGAGAAAAACGCAGAGAAGAAAACUGUGCUCCUGGGAUUCGCCAACAAUCAGUGUAAGCUGGAACUUCAGGACAUUGGUGGGACAGUGGAUCACGGCACCGCGUUUGGUCGCAUAGCGUUCUCCUGCCCUCGUCAACAGUUGCGUGAUAUUGAGGCUGUCAUGAAGAAGGAGAACCAGAAGAUUCUCACACCGCUCGUCAGUCUGGACACUCCUGGCAAGGCCACUGUUGAAGUGGUCAUACUGGCUGAUCCGGAUGACCAUGAGAUCUGCUUUGUGGGCGAUGAAGCAUUCAGGCAGCUCUCUGUGAUGGACCCUGAUGGAGAGACACUACUGGAUAAUGCCAUGGCAGCAGACAAGAGUGACGAGUGGUUCGCCAAGCACAAUAAGCAGAAGGCCACAGCGUGAGCGCGCGGCGAAGUGCAGAAGACUGACCGUGCCUUCCUGAGUAUGCAGUAUGCAGGGCUUCCCCACAUCAUAGCACUGUCCAUUCCAGAACACUGACAGCACUGGUGAAGCAAAAUCAGAGUAGGGGAUGCAGUGCGCCACUGCUUAAACCUCUUCAAAAUACUACCCCCAACACACACACACACACACACACACACACACACACUUUUCAUGUAGAUGGAAAGUAGAAUGUUCAAAUCAUGUGAAACAUGAUUAAUGGUUUGAGAUUGGAGUUGCACUGCUGAUGUUGUCUGUUCACUUCAGAAAUCCUUUGUCAUGCAAAAAUGCUUGGCACAGAAAAGGAUUAGGGGAGAUUCAUCUCAAUGAAUUGUUUAUGUUAUUGAAUGAUAUUUGAACGAAUGAACUUAAAAAAACUGGGUUAAAAACUUCAUAGAUGGAAAUGAAAUGGUUGUUUUCGCCAGCUUAUUUAUUACAGUAAUGAUAUGCCAUUAAUGUUGGUGGGAUAGUGCCAUUGCUGAGCCUGUCUGAGUGUAUUUCAGUGGUGACUACCACUCUGGAUUAGCAGGACAAACAUGUGAUAAUUGUUCUUUUUCAGUCUAAGAGAGGGCUUGUACGCUCUGGCCCAGAUUUGUGGACAUAUCAUGACAUUGAUCUAACUUGUGUUACAAAUGUCCACAGCCAGACCAAACAGACCUGAUAAAGAUUGCAUCAAAACCUUGUCAACAAUAAAGUUUCUUUUGGGAGCAUUAA